GAGAGCUGAGCAGUGAUGAGAGAGACAGCAGCAGAGGAGAAGGUGAGGAGAGAAGAGAGCUGAGCAGUGAUGAGAGAGACAGCAGUGGAGGAGAAGGUAAGGAGAGAAGAGAGCUGAGCAGUGAUGCGAGAGACAGCAGUGGAGGAGUAGGUGAGGAGAGGAGAGCUGAGCAGUGAUGAGAGAGACAGCAGCAGAGGAGAAGGUGAGGAGAGGAGAGCUGAGCAGUGAUGAGAGAGACAGCAGUGGAGGAGAAGGUAAGGAGAGAAGAGAGCUGAGCAGUGAUGAGAGAGACAGCAGUGGAGGAGAAGGUAAGGAGAGAAGAGAGCUGAGCAGUGAUGCGAGAGACAGCAGUGGAGGAGAAGGUAAGGAGAGAAGAGAGCUGAGCAGUGAUGAGAGAGACAGCAGUGGAGGAGAAGGUAAGGAGAGAAGAGAGCUGAGCAGUGAUGCGAGAGACAGCAGUGGAGGAGAAGGUAAGGAGAGAAGAGAGCUGAGCAGUGAUGAGAGAGACAGCAGUGGAGGAGAAGGUAAGGAGAGAAGAGAGCUGAGUAGUGAUGAGAGGGACAGCAGUGGAGGAGAAGGUGAGGAGAGAAGAGAGCUGAGCAGUGAUGAGAGAGACAGCAGUGGAGGAGAAGGUAAGGAGAGAAGAGAGCUGAGCAGUGAUGAGAGAGACAGCAGUGGAGGAGAAGGUAAGGAGAGAAGAGAGCUGAGUAGUGAUGAGAGGGACAGCAGUGGAGGAGAAGGUGAGGAGAGAAGAGAGCUGAGCAGUGAUGAGAGAGACAGCAGUGGAGGAGAAGGUAAGGAGAGAAGAGAGCUGAGCAGUGAUGAGAGAGACAGCAGCAGAGGAGAAGGUGAGGAGAGAAGAGAGCUGAGCAGUGAUGAGACAGACAGCAGUGGAGGAGAAGGUAAGGAGAGAAGAGAGCUGAGCAGUGAUGAGAGAGACAGCAGUGGAGGAGAAGGUAAGGAGAGAAGAGAGCUGAGUAGUGAUGAGAGGGACAGCAGUGGAGGAGAAGGUGAGGAGAGAAGAGAGCUGAGCAGUGAUGAGAGAGACAGCAGUGGAGGAGAAGGUAAGGAGAGAAGAGAGCUGAGCAGUGAUGAGAGAGACAGCAGCAGAGGAGAAGGUGAGGAGAGAAGAGAGCUGAGCAGUGAUGAGACAGACAGCAGUGGAGGAGAAGGUAAGGAGAGAAGAGAGCUGAGCAGUGAUGAGAGAGACAGCAGUGGAGGAGGUGAGGAGAGAAGAGAGCUGAGCAGUGAUGAGAGAGACAGCAGUGGAGGAGAAGGUAAGGAGAGAAGAGAGCUGAGCAGUGAUGAGAGAGACAGCAGUGGAGGAGAAGGUAAGGAGAGAAGAGAGCUGAGCAGUGAUGCGAGAGACAGCAGUGGAGGAGUAGGUGAGAAGAGAAGAGAGCUGAGCAGUGAUGAGAGAGACAGCAGUAGAGGAGAAGGUGAGAAGAGAAGAGAGCGGAGUAGUGAUGAGAGAGAGCAGUGGAGGAGAAGGUAAGGAGAGGAGAGGAGAGAAGAGAGCUGAGCAGUGAUGAGAGAGACUGCAGUGGAGGAGAAGGUGAGGAGAGAAGAGAGCGGAGUAGUGAUGAGAGAGACAGCAGUGGAGGAGAAGG